CCUACGGCCAUUAACACAUUCGGUCGGAGCACGGACGGAGAAGAAUUGGGCCUUGACGUUGGCCGGAUGGUUAAAUCCAACCUUCAGACGAUACUGAAUAGCCACUGUUUUGUCAGAGAAAAAGAGAGUAAUAUACCCAAGAUGCCAGUGAUCGAACUGACCCGUAAUAAACCCGAGAGUGAAAGUUCCCAUCGCUGCAGUAACCCGUGUCCGGGGCCUCUGUGGUGUUCCGAUGUCCCUCUCCCACCCCUGAAGAUCCCAGGUGGGCGAGGGAAUGAUCAGCGGGAUCACAGUCUUUCAGCUAAGCUAUUCUAUUCUGAUGCUCAGUUACUGGUUCUUGAGGAAGCCCCUCAGUCGAACAGCCGUGUACGUUUUUUGCUCUUUGAGCGUCGUUGCUCCGUGAGCAAGCACUUAGUCUGGAGGGGGGCACUGAAGGGGACAAACCUUUACAUCGAAAUCCCCACUGGAGUCCUCCCAGAAGGGAGCAAAGAUAGUUUUUCACUUUUGCUGGAGUUUGCAGAAGAAAAGUUACAGGUUGAUCACGUUUUCAUCUGCUUCCAUAAGAGCCGAGAUGACAGAGCAUCGCUGCUGCGGACAUUCAGUUUCAUGGGCUUUGAGAUUGUGAGACCAGGUCAUCCCCUCGUCCCAACCCGCCCCGACGCAUUCUUCAUGGCUUACAGAAUCGAAAGAGACUCCGAUGGUGAUGAAUAAGACUCAAUCACAUCUUGCUUCUUAUAACAAUGCUGUUUCUCACCCAACAUGGUCACCAUUAAUAGAAACAUAGUAUGAAUGUUAAAUUGACCUUUUUUUUUCCUGUUAUUUACUACAUUGUAGUUCUUGUAAGGGUUGUGCUGUAUUUUCAGUUGUAUUUGCACUAGUGUAUACCAAAUUUUCACAGUGACCAUUAGUUAUUAAGCCAUCGGCCUUGGGCUUACUUUCCAAUAUAAUUGGAUUCUUUGCUGAUUCCCAUUCCCUCACUCACCAAUUUUAGAGUUUAAUAUUUAUGGUUGGAAUCCCUUAAGCAACAAUGUAUGUAAAAUUAUGGUUUUCAUUGCUGAUAUGUUGAUUCUUUUUACUGUUGUCUUCAAGUUGGUUUGUUUCAUAAUGUGUGCAUGAGUUUUGGAGUUUUUAGUUAUAACUUCAAUAGGAUUGGUUUGCAUGUUUGCUACAGUGUGCAGAAUAAAAAUGCUCACCCUACACUA